AUGGCGACGAAGAUUGUUCCACCCAAGUUCUAUGCACUAGUAGAAGAUGUGAACGGAAUGCCCAAAUUCAAUUGGAAUGCAUUCACUCUAAGGGUUCUGUUGGAUAGCAUUAGGUUGGUAAGGAAAGGUAGACAAAUCCGUCAGUGGCCGAAAGGGAACUUAGGAAUGUUGCAGGAAAAAUGUCAGCCGCUAGAAGGCGACUGUGCAUUUAAUCCUAAAUUUUCCUUGCGCCCUCUAAUGAGGAACUGGAAUGGAGCAGCUGCCACGCGGAGGGACAAUUUUGACUAUGAGAAUGGUCGCGGUCGUGGUAACGUGAAGAUUGAUGAAAAUAUCACUGAACAGUAUCGGUUGAUGGAGCCAGUUGUGCCAGAUCCUGUGGCUGCUCCUCAGAAUAACGCCAAGCCCGCGAGUGAUGUUCCAAAAAAGAAACAGGCUCCAAAACCCAUUGAUAACGGUCAGAAGGAAAUUCUGAUAAAUCGUUUAACGGGUUACCUGGAUGAACAAGUGCAGAAGCUGUUGGCUUCCAUCCCUGCCUUAUGUGCUCAGAGAACAUUGGAGAUGUUUAAUAAGGAAGGCGUGACUUACAAACCGAUAGCCGCAGCGGUUUCCGAGUUCAUGUACAAUGAAGAGAGCGAUUCAGCAGGAGGUGGAGAUUCUAUUCAUAUCAUUGACAUGAACCUGCCUGAUGAAGUUGAGAAAUUCGAAAAACAUUUCAAGGAGCCUGCUAAGAAUGGUACUGCAAAGAAUGCAAAUGAUGAUAUGCGCACACCUGCCAAGGCUAGUGGACUGAAUGAUACUCCAGUAGAAAAGCCAUUGGGCGAUGUUGGUAGCACACCGGAUAAUCCGUUCAUCACUGAAAAUGCUUAUCCGGUGACAUCAGAUUCUGAAAUUGAUCUUGAUGCAGUAACUAUUAGCAAGUUCAUAUCUAAAUCAAAGGAAGAUGAGUUGGCUGGGAAGAGGAAGCGAACAAUUCCCAAAAAAUUUCAAUCUCCCUAUGCUCUAGACAGACGCACCAAGCGUCAAGUCCGUGGUUCAUCCACAAAAGCUCUGAAUUUCGAUGAUAAACCUGGCCCAGAUAAAAAUGCAAAACCGGAUGCAUCAUCUGAUUUGACGCCUGAACUAGUUGACGCAGCUAUAGUCUUCCUUGAGCUUGCAUCUCGGUCAGAGCAGCACAAAAAAAAGAAUGUUUACCGGAGUGCAAGGGGCGAUGAAGUUAACGCUGAAUGUCUUCGUGUAGUUCUGGAUGAAAGAUGGUUAUCAGAUGAUGUCAUAGAUGGUUACAUUGGGCAUUUGAACCUCCGUGUUGGGGAUGAUCGCUUCGUGUGUCCAGCAUGGAGAUCUAAAUUUCUAGUAGACCGGGCAAAUGCCGGAGACAAACCCCCAAGAAUCCAGCAAGAACAUGGAUAG